AUGCUUAAUCUCUUGUCUUUGAUUUGCUUAUUUCUUGUUUCUUUAUUUUUGUUUCUUCCUUUCUGUUUUUCUUUGUAUCUCUUUCUAUUAAUAUCUCCCAUUCUUUCUUUAUUCUUGUUUUUUGUUCACAUUUCUUUUCUCUUUUCUUUUCUUUUUCACCCUCCUUUUCUUUUUUUUUUUUCACCCUCCUUUUCAUAUUUUUCUCUUUUUCGCCCUUCCUUUCUUUUUUUUUCUCUUGACCUUUGUUUUUUCUUGUCUUUUUUUCCUUCCUUUUCUCUCCCUUCCUGUUUUCCUUUCUUCUUUCUCUUUCUUCUCCCUUCCUUUCUUCUUUCUCUUUUUUCUCCCUUCUUUCUUCUUUCUCUUUUUUCUCCCUUCUUUCUUCCUUCUCUUUUUUCUCCUUUCUUUCUUCCUUCUCUUUUUUCUCCCUUCCUUUCUCCCUUCUCUUUCUUCUCUUUUCCUUUCUUCCUUUUUCCUUCUCUUUCUUCUCCCUUCUUUCUUCUUUCUCUUUUUUCUCCCUUCUUUCUUCCUUCUCUUUUUUCUCCUUUCUUUUUUCCUUCUCUUUUUUCUCCCUUCCUUUCUUUCUUUUCCCUCUCUUUUUUCUCCCUUCCUUUCUCCCUUCUCUUUCUUCUCUUUUCCUUUCUUCCUUUUUCCUUCUCUUUCUUCUCCCUUCUUUCUUCUUUCUCUUUUUUCUCCCUUCUUUCUUCUUUCUCUUUUUUCUCCCUUCUUUCUUCUUUCUCUUUUUUCUCCCUUCCUUUCUUUCUUUCCCUCUCUUUUUCUCCUUCCUUUCUCCUUCUCUUUUCUUCUCUUUUCCUUUCUUCCUUUUUCCUUCUCUUUCUUCUCCUUCCUUUCUUCUUUCUCUUUUUUCUCCCUUCUUUCUUCUUUCUCUUUUUUCUCCCUUCCUUUCUUUCUUUUCCCUCUCUUUUUUCUCCCUUCUUUUCUCCCUUAUCGUUCUUCUCUUUUCCUUUCUUCCUUUCUUCUUUCGCUUUUUUCUCCCUUCUUUCUUCUUUCUCUUUUUUCUCCCUUCUUUCUUCAUUCUCUUUUUUCUCCCUUCUUUCUUCCUUCUCUUUUUCUCCCUUUCUUUCUUUCUUUUCCCCCUCUUUUUUCUCCAUUCCUUUCUCCCUUCUCUUUCUUCUCUUUUCCUUUCUUCCUUUUUCCUUCUCUUUCUUCUCCUUCCUUUCUUUCUUUUUCUUCUCCUUUUUCUUCACCUUCUCCCUCUUUACUUUUUCUUUCGCCCCCUCUUUUCUUCUGUUUUUCACCCUCCCUUUCUUUUUUCUUCUUUUUCACCCUUUUUUCUUCUUUUUCACCCUCCCUUUAAUAUUUUUCUUCUUUUUUACACUUCCUUUCAUAUUUUUCUCUUUUUCACCUUUCCUUUCUUUAUUCACUUUUUCUCCCGACCUUUCUUCUUUUCUUGUCUUUCCUUCCUUCCUUUUCUCUCCCUUCCUGUUUUCCUUUUUCCUUCUCUUUUUUCUCCCUUCCUUUUUCCUUCUCUUUCUUCUCCUUCUUUUCUUUCUUUUUCGUCCUUUUUAUUCUUUUUUCUCCCCUCUUUUUCUCACUUUUCUUUCUUUUCUCUGCUUCCUUUUUCAAUUAUCAAUAUUUCUCGAUUUCUCUCUUGAAUUUGAAUUUCCUUUUUCUGUUUCUCUUUUCAAAUAUUUAAAAUGA